AUGCAAAUUAAAGCAAACAAUAGUGAGAUUAAAAGAAUGGCGCCAACUUCAAUUAUUGACGAAACCAAAGCCUCAGUGCAACAGCUUCCUUUAGAUAAAAAAUUGGAUGAACAAGAGGUACAAAACCUCAUUCAGAAAUUAGCAUCAAUUGGUCCCGUAGGAAGUGCACAGCACAAUACAAAAGGAAGAACUGGAUACGAUACUGAAUGGGUCAAUAAAAUUCCAGAAACUACUAGACAAAGGUAUGAAAAAUACGGCAUUGAUGUUUCCAAAGGGUAUCCUUAUAUUCCCACCAUUGACAAGAUCCCCAAAUUUGUUGAUGAGGCGUUUGCUAUCAGGAAUGAAGAAUAUCCAUUUAUUGAGCGCGGAAAGAAUGCAGAUCCCGAGAAGAAGGCGUUGUUUGGUGCUGCAAAGGAUGUGAUCAACUUGACACCAUAUGUAGGCACAGAGAUUGUUGGAUUGCAAUUGGCAGACUUGGAUGACAAACAAAAGGACGAGUUGGCAUUGUUGAUUGCUGAACGUGUUGUUGUCUUUUUUAAGGAUCAAGAUCUUUCACCCAAAAAGCAAUUGGAGUUGGGAAAAUAUUGGGGCCAAGUCGAGGUGCAUCCACAGGCAAAUAGGAUUGGCCCAGAUUACGACGGAAUCACUGUUAUUUGGCAGGAUUAUUUUAAUGAAAAAGGUGGUUUAGGCUUGAGUUUUCAAAGGUCUAGACAGGGCACCUCGCGUUGGCAUGGGGAUUUGUCUCAUGAAUUCCAAACUGCUGGCAUCACUCAUUUGCACCAGGACUCAAUCCCUGAUGCUGGUGGAGAAACCAUUUGGAGUUCCACAUACGGUGCUUACGACAAGUUGUCACCAGCAUUUAAAGAGUUUUUGGACGGGAAAACAGCCAUUUUUAAAAGUGCACAUGUUUACUUGAGUAGAGAGAACCCAUUGAAAGGCCCAAAACAUGUUGAAAGGGAACACCCAAUUGUUAGAACACACCCUGCUACUGGCUGGAAGUACUUGUUUGUCAAUAGGUCUUACACAACCCGCAUUGUGGGUUUGUUACCAGAAGAAUCUGAUGCCAUUUUGAAUUACUUGUUUUCAGUCAUUGAAAACAACAGGGACAUUCAAGUCACUUUUAGCUGGCAACAAAAAUUGCCAGGCUUGAAAUCACCUUCUGAUGCCCACAAAACUUAUAGAGGCACUUCUGCUCUUUGGGAUAAUAGAAUUGCAAACCACAAUGUGAUUCACACUAACGAGAGUAUUAAAGGGCGUCAUGGUACGCGCGUAGCUUCUUUGGCUGAUGCAGGAUACUUUGAUCCAGAUUCAAAGAGUCAAAGAGAGGCAUUAGGAUUGAGUUUGGAUUAA